CGCCCGCCCCCCAGGCCGGCCGGGGCCUCCUCUCCUGGAGCCGACUCCCGCGCCCGGACCCCGCUCUGCGCUCCCCGUCCCAGCCGGUACACCCCGCCCGGGGCGCCCGACCUCGCCGCCUCCCUUCGGACGGGCUGAGCGAUGGCGCUGUGCGCUUUGGAGACCUUCUGGGUUCGGGCGCUAAACCAGCCACCACCUUCCAUCCCACUCCCAACGGCUCCACUUCCCUCUAAUUCUCAGCCCUUGCCCCGCCGGCUGGUCCAAAAGCCCCCUACGGGGCCGCGGAGAAGGAGAAGCCCUCUCCUUCCCGAAGGAGACUUCCUGGCUGGCUUCCUGGGCCGGGGUGGAAGGGCCCGGAGUGGCCCCCAGCUCUCCCGCGCGGCCGGCGGUGAGACCGAGGCGGCCCUCCAUCCUCUCCCGCGCUAGUUUGUACAUCGGUGUUACAGUUGGGGACCCAGCGCGUGGGUAGGGCCUGUCGCAGAGGGGACAGUCCUCGGGCGCUUGCGCUGCUUCUUCUACACCCCCUGCCCCCAGUUCCUGUUUAAGUCCCACCCCACCCCCACCCCGACUCCCCACCAAAUCGUCACUAUUUCUCAUUUAAGAGAGCAGAAGCCCGCAGUGGUUAUAGCUAUUGUUAUUUUUAUUGCCCUUCCCCAGGAGCUUCUGGAGAGGCUUCAUCCUGCAUCCUGAUGCUAGUUUGGGACCCCAAGCUUCCUUCUUUGUGCCCUUCUCCGUGUCCCUGAGGCCGGAGGGUGGGGGUGGGGGUCGCAGUCCUACUGCCCCCCCCCCCCGGGAGGGGGGAGUAGUUGAAGAUACUGAGGCUCCCCAUUCACGACUUGGAAGUCCUAGGCUUACUCUAGGCUCCAGGGCACAAAAAGAAAGCAGCUAUCCCCUCAAAGGAGGAUCGGCCAUACAAGGAGCUGAUGAACACAUCCCACACGGCUUUGCCUGCCAUACAGCCCAAAUCCGGGGGGUCUGUGAUCACCAACAAAGACUUUGAAGGGAACCCGUGUUAACUUCUUCCAACCAGGGAUGGGGAGAGAUCUGGGCGGGGCUGUGGCUGUCCAGUCCGGUCCCCUCCCUUCACCUCUGGCCCAGGACACUCCUCCCCGGGGAAUGCUGCCAGUUGCCAGGAAUGCUGGGGGCGUUAGGGGCAGCCUGCCCAGCCUGAUGCAGACUCUCCUUGCAGAUGGGGUUGGUGAGGACUUGGCACACGGUUGUGUAGUACCUGGAGUCAGCAGCACCUACCGACGGAUCCCAGACGCGGCUCAAGAUUGGUCACUGGACUCCUGGAAGAGAGAUGGCCAGCUGAGAGGUCCCAGGAGGCAGCAACCACUUCUCAAACUGGCUUCCAGGGACUCAGGAGUGGAGAUGGUGGUUGGGGACGGGCCCCUGACGACCUCACCGGGCCUUUCUCAGGUCUGUCUGGACUUUGAGCCUACAGGGAGCCCUGAGCCCCUGGCCCUUGCUCCCGUGGAGCCUCCUGCCCAUCUUGGCCGGCUUCUGGCCAACCGUAAGCUGGAGCAGGUGCUGGAGCGCUCCCGCCGGCUCCCCACUUCCCUCGCCAGCAUGUCACGACACUGCCGCUCACUGAAUUCCCCCUGCGAGCUGGAAAGUCAAGUGCCCCCUUUUGGAGCUGGGGAACAGGAGGCCACAGAGGCAGACCUAGAGGCAGGCCUGGAGGAAGCAGAGGUGGCGGGGGCCCUGGGGCCUGAAGCCUGGGCCUGUCUCCCAGGACAAGGGCUCCGAUACCUGGAACACCUGUGCCUCGUGCUGGAGCAGAUGGCAAGGCUCCAGCAGCUCUACUUGCAGCUGCAGACCCAGAGGCCCCUACCGGAUCCUGAAGUGGAGGAAGAGGAGAUAGAGGGGGCAGGGGGGGAGCCAACCCUGGCCCCUUCACCGCCACCCUCUUGUGACACAAGCCCUGAGGUGCAUGAACUGCUCAGCCAGAGGCAGGAGGCAGGGGCAGAAACAGCUGCACCCCUAAAGGCUGGGCUGCCCAGUGCCAACCCUCCCAGGCUCUUAGAGGCCGCCGCAGAACCAGCUCAGAUCUUUGCCCCCUCCCAGGGACACAAGCGGGAUCUCUCCCACUGGAACAAGGUCAAGGUCCUGCUCAACCGGAUCCGUUGGAGGAGCCCGAAACACCCUGAGUCCCCUGCCCUUCCUGAUGGCCCUGCCCCUAGGAUUGAGUCAAGAGGCGUCCCUGAAAGACCUCCAUGCCAGCCCCUCCGAAAGACCUUUAUGCCAUCAUUUGUGGUUAAGAAGCAACGAGCAAAAAACCUUUCUGUAUGCUGAGACCUCCUGGUGCAGGGAUGUGACCCUGGGUUGGGGGGUGCGCAGUGAAGUCUUCUUCCUUGCCCUUUGCCCUGUUGCUGCUUCUGGGCACUGCCAGGAAGUGAUGCUCACCCUUCUCUCUGAGGAGAGGGCUGGAUCUUUCUCCUCUGGGCAGCCUGGCAGAGGAGCCCUAGCUCCCUGAGAGGCCCCAAGGUGCAGCAGCCCCCAGGCUCCUUGCUGGUUGCCAGAAAUCCCUCGGCCUAGUCAAUGUGAACUAACUUAUUUAUCAGGAGUCCAUGGGGUGUGUUUGGCAUGGUGAUCUACUGGGGCCUAGUGUGUCACAGAUGCAUAUUUGUGCAAAAUGAUCCAUGUAUCUCCGUGAGUCGGUCACUGUUGUGAACUGGCUGGAUCCAACCAUCUCUUCUGAAUCAUACACCCAGAGGGUUGGUUGAUCUUCUGGGUGAGGUAACUGUAGAAAGAUGGAAGCGACCUCCAUUCCUCAGUGUGCAGUUACUGAUUUGGAGUCCUACUUUCUUUCUCGCACCUUCGUGGGUAGCCCCAGGACAGGGUGGCGCGGGGAGGGGGUACGGAUGAACUACUAUUUUGGGAGCCUCUGCAUGGAGUCUUGCUUGUGAAGCAGAGCCCCAAAGACAACCUGGAAUGGAAGGGUCAGGGACAACACGGAGAAUAGCAGAGUAAGCUUCAAGGUCUGUCUGCAGCCGCUUUGGUCCCUAAUAACCUUUACACAUCAGAGCUGAAACCAGACACUCAUACUAGCUUUUAGACCUUGAUAAAAAUCCCUUAACUUUUCUGAGCCAUAGCUUCCUACUUAAAAGUGUCCCGGAUGAUUUAAUGAUACCUGCCCUACCUACCUCACAGUCUUAUUAUGAAGAUAAAAUGAGAUGAAACUCUCAAAGUGCAUUGUGACUGUUAUAUGAACAGGAGGGGGAGGGCAUGGGGUUGGAAGGAGGCCAAACCGGAGGGAUGAUGGGAAGGCUAGAGGAUAAAGCAGGCCUGGGUUGUUAAUGGAGACUAAAGGGACCAGUGAUUAGCGGUGUGACUUGAAGCAUGUCAUUUCACUCAAGUCUUAGGUCUAUCUGAGAAUUAGGGCAUUAAUUCCUGACCUUAUCUUCCAGGGUUGUGAGGACUAAAGGAAAAGUUUCUGAGAACA